AGAUAGCCGCCUGACACCGUCCCCCCUCCCCCUCCCCCGCCCGCCCCGGGCAUAAAAGGCGCCAGGUGAGGGCCUCUCGCCACUCCUCCUGCCGACCGCAGCCACUCCGACCAGUGCCGCCUCGUCCUCCUUCGCCAUGACUUCCUACAGCUAUCGCCAGUCGUCGUCCACCUCGUCCUUCGGGGGUAUGGGCGGCGGCUCCGUGCGCUUCGGGGCUGGAGGCGCCUUCCGCGCGCCCAGCAUCCAUGGGGGCUCAGGUGGCCGCGGCGUGUCCGUGUCCUCCGCCCGCUUCGUGUCCUCGUCCUCCGGGGGCUACGGCGGCGGCUACGCGGGCGCCCUGGCCACGUCCGACGGGCUGCUGGCGGGCAACGAGAAGCUCACCAUGCAGAACCUCAACGACCGCCUGGCCUCCUACCUGGAGAAGGUGCGCGCCCUGGAGGAGGCCAACGGCGACCUGGAGGUGAAGAUCCGCGACUGGUACCAGAAGCAGGGGCCCGGGCCCGCCCGCGACUACAGCCACUACUUCAAGACCAUCGAGGACCUGCGGGACCAGAUUCUCGGUGCCACCAUUGAGAACUCCAAGAUAGUCCUGCAGAUCGACAAUGCCCGUCUGGCUGCAGAUGACUUCCGUACCAAGUUUGAGACGGAGCAAGCUUUGCGCCUGAGCGUGGAGACUGACAUCAAUGGCCUGCGCCGGGUGCUGGAUGAGCUGACCCUGGCCAGGACUGACCUGGAGAUGCAGAUUGAAGGCCUGAAGGAGGAGCUGGCCUACCUGAAGAAGAACCACGAGGAGGAAAUCAGUAUGCUGAAGGGCCAGGUGGGUGGCCAGGUCAGUGUGGAGGUGGAUUCUGCUCCGGGCAUCGACCUAGCCAAGAUCCUGAGUGACAUGAGAAGCCAGUAUGAGGUCAUGGCUGAGAAGAACCGGAAGGAUGCUGAGGCCUGGUUCACCAGCAAGACCGAGGAGCUGAACAAGGAGGUCGCUGGCCACACGGAGCAGCUGCAGAUCAGCAAGACGGAGGUCACUGACCUGCGGCGCACCCUCCAGGGUCUGGAGAUUGAGCUGCAGUCUCAGCUCAGCAUGAAAGCUGCCCUGGAAGGCACACUGGAGGAAACAGAGGCUCGCUUCGGAGCCCAGCUGGCGCAGAUUCAGGCGCUGAUCAGCGGUAUCGAAGCCCAGCUGAGUGACGUGCGAGCUGACACUGAGCGGCAGAACCAGGAGUACCAACACCUCAUGGACAUCAAGACCCGGCUGGAGCAGGAGAUUGCCACCUACCGAAACCUGCUGGAGGGCCAGGAUGCCUACUACAACGACCUGUCCCUCGCGAAGGCCCUCUGAGUCCCCCUGGCUUUCCUGCUGUGCUGCAGAAGGAAUUCCCCUGGGUAGAGGCAUGGGAGGGGAGGGACCCUUACCCUUGCCUCUCCUCCUGACCUGCCAAUAAAACUUUAUGGCCCAAAGGAA